AGAUCGCUGCCUCUGCUCACUUGUUCCCUUCCUGAAAUAGAAUUAAGGAGUAAAUGACUGUCGGGCUGGGUCUAACCUGUGCCACCUCCUGGUUUACGGAAAGAAAAGUUUGUUUCCAGCUGGGACCUCAGCAGAUGACAGAUCUGUUAUUGCCACUACAGGACCCUGCAUGCCACUUUACUUAGGGGGAAGCCUCAUUAGGGGAAGUCCUUGACAAUCUCCAGGACAUGUCCAUUCACAGAAGGCCAGGUACUUGGCAGGAGGAGGUAGCCAAGGGCUUCUCCAGGUUUUUCUCCAGGACAUCGUCGCAGGAAAAGGAGGAAGAAAGUGAGAAAACAACAAGUAGUAAAGAUUCUGGUGAUGAGCAAGAGAAAACUGAGAAGGGUAUAUCUAGACUCUUCCUAAGAGCCUCGUCCACUGAGAAGAAAGAAGGGAAUGAGAAGUCAUCUGGGGACAAGGAACCUGCAGAGGACCAAGCCAAAGGUCAGAGCUCCUCUAGGCUCUUCUUUAGGAAAAUAUCUCAGGACAACAAGGGUGAGAGUGACCAGGUCACCAAAGAUGAACCAGACAAAGGUGGAGUGUUCUCUAGACUGUUUACAAGAGCAUCAUCUCAGGAGAAAGAAGAGGACCAGGAGAAGUCUAAGAGCAAAGGGGCAAACCAAGACCCCAGCAGACCAGAAGAAAAGAACUCUCCCCUAACGACAGAUAACAAUCAAAAUCUAUCUUCGCCUCAACAGAUUACCAGUGACCCACAUUCGUUAACAACCACACAGAAUACCACAAGACCCAAAGUGGAUGUUGAGUUUGGCUUGUUCCAGGACGUUAAAGGACACGAUAGUGAGAAACAGUCCAAGGAGAACUUCCUUCAUUUUAUUGGAAACCUAUUUAAUUUGUCUUCAAAAUCCUCACAGGGAAAUUCGUCACAGGCUUUCGGGAUCCAAGAACUUACUAAAGAGAAUGACGACGCACAAGCUAAACAGAACUUGGAUACAGAAACCUUAAAUCGGGAACCUACAUUAGAUGUUGACACACAAGCUCCAGAAGAUGCCACAAGUGAAGAGAAGAACCAUGUUUCGUGUAUCACAGAAACAUCUUCUGUAAUUGCAAAGCAAGAAGAUAUCCUAAUUAAUGAAGACAAGAACCAUGUUUCUACAACAGAAACCUCUUCUGAAACUCCAAAGCAAGAAGCCAUUCCGACGAAUGAAAACACGAUCCAUGUUUCUAGUAUUACAGAAACAUCUUCUGAAAUUACAAAGCAGGAAGAUGUCCCAAUUAAUGAAGACGAGGACCAUGUUUCUAGUUUUACAGAAUCAACUCCUGCAAUCUCAAAGCAUGAAAAUGAACAGCCAUCUUCGGAUUUAUACAAGCAAAAUCCAAGUAUUCAAGAUGGACCGGCCAUAACAUAUGGUACCUAUCGAGGAUCCAGAAGAAUAAGAAAGCUUCUCAAAAGAAGGCCAGAUGUAAAUUCUCCAAUACCUGAGAGAGAAGAAACCAGCGAAAGAGAGAAUAGUACAACACCAGAUGAUAGGCAAACAGACUUAGUAUUGGAUCCAUACAUCGAUUUGCAACAAAAUGCUGAAGGUGACAUGCCACCUCAUACAGAUACAAAUAAGAACUCCAGUUUAACAGAUGAUAUGCAACCGCAGACAAAAGAGAAUGUAGAAAUUAUCGAGAAUCCAGAAUUUAAUGUAAAGAUCACAGAGGAUCAAGAGCCUAACAAAGAGGGACACUUUAAAAACACAGAGCUUUUACAGUCAAAGAAAAAACAAAGCUCAGAGAUAACAAAUCUUCAAGAACCACAUAAAGGAGGCACCUCAGAGAUCAUAGAAAGUAUUCUACCAUGUGAAAAGGACACUUCUAUGAUUACAAAGAGUCAACAAUUAACAACAAAGGAUAUCUCAAGGAAUGCAGAGAAACACGAACAACUUGCAGAUGAAGAAGCAGAGAACGUGUUAAACACAAGAAGUACAGAUUAUGUCAAAACAUGCGCAGAGGACAAUCAAGGAUCUUCUCAGGUUCUAGAACUAAUUGAGGAAAAGAACACAAUAGUUUACCAAAACAGUGGUGUUAAUGAGGAAAAACAGCCAUAUAAAAAUGAAAUAUCAACUAAUACAGAGCAUUACCAACAUCCUCCAAGACAAUAUUCAAGGCUUGUGGAGGAACCAGGGCCAAGCAUAUCUGAGAAUGUAACGGUUGCCUCCGAUAAUGCUCAUAUAAAAUUAACUGGACAUCUUCAGACACACACAGAGGAAACAUUAAAGACUUCAGAGGAUUGUCAACCAAUCAAAGAUGACCACUUACAGUAUACUGAGGACCACCAUCUCCAUGAAAAGACCCACAGGGACCACCAACCAGGUACAGAGGAAAUAUCAAAAAUCACAAAAACAGAUCCAUCUCAUGCAGAGGAUUACUCAAAUAUUAUAGAGGAACAGAAACCAAAUCUGAAGGAGUUUUCAGAGACUAAGGAGAAUCAACAACCAUGCACAGACACAAAAUUAAGGGAUACAGAGUACAGCCAGUUUCCUCCAAACCCAACGAUUAUGGAGGAACUGAAACCAGACCCAACAAAGUCUUCUUUUCAAUCUGACCAAAAUAAAAUGCCAUUAGCGGAUGUUCAAAUGAAUGUGGUUAAGAAAGAAAAGCAUCUGAAGGAAGAAGGAAGUUUACAAGCUGCUGAGGAAGGUCAGCUACAUACAGAGAUGUCUUUGAGGGCGAAUGAUAAUCACCAACAAGAAUUGACUAAGCAACCGGUUACAACACAAGCUGUUGAUGGAUUAAUCCUAGAGGCAACUGAGGGUUUAAAGUAUGUGACAAACCAGCAACCAUAUGUAGAUGGCAAUACAGGGGGUAAUUUUAAUAUUAUUGCUGGGGAACCUCAGUCAAGUGAAAUCUCAAAUUUGGAAGUAAUUUCACAUAACACACAAAAAAAUGUAAAUGAGAUCCCACAGAACAUAGAGCAUCUUCAACCAAAUGUGGGCAAGAGCUCAAUUAUUUCUGAGGUUGUAGAGCCACAUGUAAGUGACAAUUCCUUGAAUAAAGAUGAUCUCAAAGGAAAAACUACAUGUAUACAUUUUAUUUCAAUGGAGCCUCAGCCAGACUUGGAGGAGACAAGCUGUACAAAUAAUGAACUAAAUAAUAAUCCACUGUUACCAAAUAACAAUGUCAGCACAAAUACUCUUGUUAAUUCAACUAAGAACACAGAUGAGGAACAACUUGAGGAAAAGAAAAGUUCUACGAUAAAAACACACAUUCUGCCACAAACAAUUGUUGACUAUUCUCAAAUGAAGCACAAUUCUUCAGAUGAUUAUGUCAAGGAGGAUGGUACCAAGUAUAUUUCAGUGGAGUCAUGCUCAGGCAGGGGUAAUGAUGAUUCUGCAUCAGUUGGUACAUUCCCUCAGGAUUCUAGUAAAUCAGUGUUAGACACAAACACUGAUUCAUCUUUUUCAAUUGUCAGCAAAAUGUCAUCUGAGAAUAACAGUGACGUUAAAAGAACUGCAUUGGCGCUUUCAUUUGAUAACUCCAUUGAUAUUCCAUCUCCUCCUCUGACCACCAUGUCAGACUCUCCUCUAACCCCAUCUGCGUGCAUUGGUUUAAGGAAUGAUAGCCCCUUAACGCAUUCUGAUGAAAUCGAUUCAGGCGUAGUUUCAUCUCAAGCAUAUACACCAGAAGAGAAUAUGGGGGAAAUGUCUCCAUCUGAUCUAUAUGAUAAUACGAGGUAUGACCUACUUGAACGUGAAAAUGGCCAAGAAAACAGUGUAACUGGUUCUAUCGAGGCAGCCAAAAAGGGGCCAGAAGGAAUGGAGAAUGCAGUGUCUGUGUUCGGUGGCACAAGUAAACUGGAAACCUUACCAUCACUGGAAGAAAAUGAUGUUUUAAGCAUAAAUGGAAGAAUGCCAAUUACCAAAGGUUUAUUAACAAAUGUGCACAGUACCACAGAUAAAGAAUCAAGCAAUGAUCUAACUAUGGCCAAAGGAUUCUCUACAAAUUAUAGAGACGAUAACCCAACAUGCUCCAUUAAUUCAAAAGAUGUUUGUGUUGCAAAGGUCUUGGUCAAAUCUGUAGACAUUGAAGAGGUGAAACUCGCACCCACGUGUUUCCAGUCAGAGGUUAUAUCAGUGAGUAAGCUUGAAACACCUAGGUUUGAGCCGGAGUAUGUAUGUUUACCGAACCCAUCCCCUCCACCUGCAGUUACAACACAUGAAAAUGAUUUUCAGAUUCCUGAAAGUGAAAGCCAUGGCACGUUUCAGAAACAAUCAGCUGACUCAAAAACAGAGGGAAACAACGCCAAUAAUCAAAGUAACACUUUCCACGAGUUUACCCCUAAAAAUAUAAAUCAGGUGCUGAGCACUGAAAAAGCAGAAGUUGAUCAUGAGCCAAGCGUUGCAUGUGAUCUUAUUCAUGGUAAAAAUGGACACUCGGAGGACUUUAGUUUUCAACCUGAAUUUCAAUAUGAGAAACUUGAUAGAUCACCUUUGAAUUUUGAGGUUAAGGAAACACAUUUGGCAAACAAAAUAAAAGACAUCCCAGUAGAGCUUGCUAAUACUUUUCCUAACGAAUACACUAAUAUUAAUUCAGGUCCAGUUUUAGAUAAUGAACUUCCUGUAAUCACAAGUAAUUCCCCAGAUGUUGAAAACCUAAAAAACAAUAAUGUUGAUACUCAUGUGACAUCACUAAAGGACAAUUUCAUAAAUAUUGCGAGCAGGCAACAUAAAUCUUUCAAUGAAAAUGCUGAUGGGGCACCAGUACUCACAGAUUCGCAAGGGGAAUAUGAAAACCUUGAUUCAUUAAGGCACUAUCCAGAUGUUCAUCACAGUCUAGGAGUGAUACACACAGCGCCAGAAAAGUCCAGUGGUGUAUUAGAUUGUCCUUCAUUACAAGGUGAUAAAGACAUCUCAAAUGAAGCAAAUGGCAACUGUCCAGUUUCAACACAGCGUUCUGCAACACCCAUACAAGAGUGGAAUUUGGCAGAUCAUUUGCAGCCAUCUGAUGAAACAUUCAUUCAAAAAGCUGAUGAGAUCAUUGAUACUGUAUUACAUACAGCUAUAAAAGAGGUCCAGCAAACACAUGAUGAUAACGUGCAUCAGAAUUACAAAUUCAAUCAGAAUUUAGUUUCAUUGAGUGCUGUAGAAGUAAAAUUAGCAGAAGGCAAUGAAAAUGGAGUUCCUAAUGUCCCAGAGGUCACCAUAAAGCCUACAACGAAACCUCAGUAUCCUGAGAAUAAUGAUCCCUUUGAAUCUGUGGCUGCAGAAAUAGUGAAUGAAGUUAUUGUCUCUGCUAAGCAAAACCUAGCUUCUAAACAGGAUGGACUGACUCUGUAUAACAGUCUAAGCAACAUAAACAUGGCAUUGACAGAUUUAGGUAAAGAGAAUAACUUGGAUAGUCCACAUUCAGACAGUAGUUCAUUAGAAAUGGGCAAUGUCGAUUGCCUUCCUUUUUGCGAAAUAAAUUCAAACGUAUUGCUUCCAAUAGACUUGCCUCUGAAUCACUCAGUCACUAAACAAAAAAAUGGCCAAUUAAAUGAGAAUGAGUUGAGUUCUACCAGAGUAUUGAGUGACCAAGGAAACAUUGGUCCAGAACAUGUUAAUGAAGACCUAGACAAUAAAAUCUUCCCACAAAUUGUAACAAUGGCGACAACUUUGGCAACAACAAAUGAAUCUGAUGGGAUAAAUGAAUUGGAAGCUGACAGUCAGAUCUUUAAUGAUAAUAACCAAAGAGGAUAUCCACCUCUCCCUCUGGAAAAUACCUUCAAUGAGGAAACUACAGAUCAUAAUAGUGAUGUUGGAGAACAGAGCAAAUCAUCCUUAAAAACACAUGAAGAAUUGUCUGCUCCCUUAGAUUUUUCUGUUCAUAAUGGUCAUUACAUUGAAAUCACUGAAAGUGAUGAAGAAAUGGUGGACGAAGGCAGUUAUUUAAAUCACGGCGAAGAAGAUACAAAUUCGGGUUCAUUUUUGGCUGUGCAGAGCAGGAGGGUGCGUAUUUAUCCAUUGUCCCUGUCUCCCAUAUAUGAGGACGACAGCUCCACAGAGGAUAUCUUGUCCAAUCAUGGCUCACCUGGGCAGAUGGAAAGAAAGAAGGAUGAUGGCUGUAACGCCAAUGAUCACUCUUCCAUCCUAUCUCUUCUCCAGUCAGUCUCAGAUCGUUUAAAACAAGAAAGUGAUUUGUCACCUGACAGUGACUGUCCGUCUACCAAUGGUCAAUCCAACCAAUCUACGAUAGAAGCAACAGAAAUUCACCCCAAUCCAUCUAACCGUCAAACAGGCAUCUUCAAUGAGAAUGAGGAAAAAACUACAGCAGUCUCCUCGCAGGCAUCAUUAAGCUCUGGUUUGUUUAUAACAAAAUCCGCUGUUCCAAAUUGGCCUUCCUCAGGUUUAGGGCGCCAAUCCUUUCUUUUACAAAUGUCAUCUCAAAAGGGUGUAUAUGCCUCAAAAUCAGCCAAAGAACCCUUAGCGCUUCAAGAUUCCAGCAAUAAGACUUCUUCGAGUGAGGGAACAGAUUCCAAGGUGUGUGAUUCGGAUGCUACCCCCAGCUCUGCUUCCCAUUCGGUACCCGUGAAGGCACCUUCCACAUUACAAGUAACAUCAAAACCAAAUCUGUCUACUCAAAAACCUGACACUGAACUGAAGCCACGGCUGACUUCUCAAAGUGUAUACUACCAGUACUUUCACGACACUCAAAACUACGCAGCAAGUACAGAAAACAAAGAAAACCCAAUUCAACAAAAACUGCCCAGUUUUUCGGAACGUGAUUACAAGGACUCUCAAGCUCCGCUAGCGAGACCGAUGGACUCCGGUUCCGUAAAAUCUAACCCGAGGCCAGGGAAGGUGGUCAUUUCAGAUAUUAUCGAUCAUGACAACAAGAUUGAACUAAAGAGUGACAUUCUUGAUGCCUCAUCUGUGAUUUUUCCAAAUGGAGUGAACAUCCGAGUCAUUAGAGGAUGCUGGAUUCUGUACGAGAAACCAAAUUUCCAAGGUCAGGCGCAUGUACUUGAAGAAGGGGAAGCUGUUUUGCAGCACCUCUGGGACAGUCCUGUCAACACCUCCAAGCCAGAUAAAAUCAUCAUAGGAUCCGUGAAGAGAAUAGCCAACGAUCACCUUCCUGAAGUAGUAUUAAACCCGGCGGCUGGCGAAGACGACAACUCCAUUUCUAUGAGAACAGAGAUUCCCUCGUUGCACUUGCUGGUUCACAGAAUCCCCCUUACCUUAACGGUGAUGUCAGGCGUCUGGCUGGCGUACACAGAAACUCAAUACACCGGCAGCGUGAGUGUGCUAGAAGAAGGAUGCGUUCUCUCUCCGGUACAGGACUGCGAUGUACAGUCUCUGAGACCACUGAAAAUGGGAGGAUUAAAAGUGCAGCUGCCCAGCGAGCCAAAGAUAAUUCUUUAUGAGAAGCCCCAUUUCGAAGGAUGGUCAAGAGAACUUACUGAUCAUCUUUACAGCAUCAAAACCCUCAUUAACGAGGGCGAGGAUCAAGAGAUUGGAUCAAUAAGGGUUAUUGGUGGCAUUUGGGUCGGUUAUGAGAAGGAGCGAUAUAAAGGCCUGCAGUAUCUCUUAGAAGAGGGGGAUUAUGAAGAUUGGAAGGCGUGGGGUGGAUUUGAUGGUUCUUUGCAAUCAAUACGGUAUCUACAUGCUGACUUCUUGGAGACGUCCAUCACCUUGUUAGAGUCAGAAGCUGGAGAUCGAAAAGUGAUAGAUUUAUUUAAUCAGGCGGUUCCUGAUUUGGAACUGGCUGGAUACACCACAGAAACACAGUCAAUUCACGUCAAGAAAGGAAUUUGGGUUGCCUACCAGCAUAAGCACUUCUGUGGAGAACAGCAUAUCCUGGAAAAAGGCAGGUACAAAAGCUGUGUAGACUGGGGAGGACGCACCAAUACCAUCAUGUCUAUCAGGCCUGUCUUGCUGGAACCUCUAGGGAAGGAUGAACCUAAGCAUCUGAUAAAAGCAUACAGCUUGGAGGAUUUCCAGGGGCAGUGCGAGAUUUUCACUAAAGAAUCAUCUGACUUCCAGUCAUUUCCCCCUCGCUCUUUCAAAGUGUUAAGAGGAUGCUGGAUCCUGUGUUAUCAAGCAGAAUCAAGUGACAACCUGUGCGUGUUAGAAGAGGGGAACUUUCCAGACUUGGUCACAUGCGGGUGUCCGGCAGCUGUGAUCAAGUAUAUCAAGCCAAUAGAUUACGUUUUUGCUGAACCCUCCAUCAGUCUGUUUGCACUGGAUAUGUGUGAAGGGAGAGAGAUGCACUUUGAAGAGCCUGUAACAUCUGUUCUCAGCAAAGACCUGAACUUUUACACCCAGUCCAUAUGGUUAAAAGGAGGACUGUGGAUCGUUUUUGAAGGAGCCAAUUUCUUAGGAAGACAGAUGCUAUUAGAAGUCGGCCAGAUCUCCAACUGGACAGAUUACAGUGGCUGGAGAGCCAUUGGUUCGCUCCGACCAUUGAAACAGCCUGCAGUAUAUUUCAGAGUUAAGAAUCGACUCAAAGACAAAUACCUAACAGUCACAGGAAAACUGACAGAUACAAGAGCUACGUUUGUCUGUGUGUCUGCCAGGAACGGGCAAAGCACUCAGAUCUGGUAUUUCUGCCGGGGACUGCUGAAAUCCAAGGCAAAUCAUUCAUGCUUAGAUGUCAUAGGAGGUAAAAACCUGCCUGGAUCAAAAGUGUCUCUAUGGACUGAAAAUGGACAACCCAGACAGAAAUGGAGGAUCAACAAAGACGGAACAAUUACAUCAUAUAUAAGUGAUGACCUCGUUCUAGAUGUGAAAGGAGGCAAUUUCUACGAUCAAAAUUACGCAGUGAUGAACAGGGUCCAAGAAGAUGAAGCCACCCAGAAAUGGGACAUUGAAAUACUGUGAAGGGGGAGAUGGCAAGGGGAACACUAUGACCUUCAUGUCUUAUGGAAAUAAUUGAAAUUACUCUGUGGAAAAAGAAAACUACUGAAGUCAUAUCCCACUGGAUUGAAAUUUAAUAAACCUGCCUGGCGGACGCCCAAGGCGAUGGAUUUAAA